AUGGCGGCGUUCCGGGCGCUCGGGCUCUCGCCGUGGCUGGCGGAGCAGGCGCGGCAGGUCGGGCUCACCCGGCCCACGCCCGUGCAGGCCGCUUGCAUCCCCGCCGUGCUGCAGGGCCGGGACUGCCUGGGCUGCGCCAAGACGGGCAGCGGGAAGACGGCAGCCUUCGUGCUGCCCGUGCUGCAGGCGCUGUCCGAGGACCCCUACGGCAUCUUCUGCCUCGUGCUCACCCCCACCAGGGAGCUGGCGCAGCAGAUCGCGGAGCAGUUCCGAGUGCUGGGGAAGCCCCUGGGCCUCAAGGACUGCGUGGUCGUGGGCGGCCUCGACAUGGUGACCCAGGCCCUGGAGCUGGCCAGGAAGCCCCAUGUGGUGGUGGCCACGCCGGGCCGGCUGGCGGAUCAUCUGCGCAGCUCCAGCACCUUCAGCCUCAGGAAGAUCAAAUUCCUGGUGCUGGACGAGGCUGACCGGCUGCUGGAGCAGGGCUGUGCCGACUUCACCGCCGACCUGGAGCUCAUCCUGGAGAGCGUGCCGGCCCGGCGCCAGACCCUGCUGUUCAGUGCCACCCUCACUGCCACCCUGAGCCAGCUGCGGGGCCUGGCUGCCAACGAGCCCUUCUUCUGGGAGGCCCAGUCUGAGGUGAGGACGGUGGAGGAGCUGGACCAGCGGUACCUGCUGGUGCCCGAGGCAGUGAAAGAUGCCUACCUGGUGCACCUGGUCCAGACAUUCCAGGAUGAGCACGAGGACUGGUCCAUCAUUAUCUUCACUAAGACCUGCAAGGACUGCCAGGUCCUGAACAUGAUGCUCAGGAAGUACAGCUUCCCUUCUGUAGCUCUGCAUUCCAUGAUGAAGCAGAGGCAGAGAUUUGCAGCUUUAGCCAAGUUCAAAUCCAGCAUCUUCAAGAUUCUCAUUGCCACUGACGUUGCUGCCAGAGGGUUGGACAUUCCUGCAGUCCAGGUUGUGAUCAACCACAACACUCCAGGGCUGCCCAAAAUCUACAUCCACCGGGUGGGCCGGACGGCACGGGCAGGCCGGAAGGGAAUCGCCAUCACCCUGGUGACUCAGUACGACAUCCACCUGGUGCACGCCAUCGAGCAGGAGAUCAAGCUGCAGCUGAAGGAGUUCUCUGUGGAGGAGCAGCACGUGCUGGACAUCCUCACCCAAGUGAACGUCACCAGGAGGGAGUGUGAAAUCGAGCUGGAGGGAACGGAUUUUGAUGAGAAGAAAGAAAUAAAUAAGAGGAAGCAGAUGAUCCUCGAGGGGAAGGAUCCAGACCUGGAGGCCAAAAGGAAGGCAGAGCUGGCCAAGAUCAAGAAGAAGAACAAGGAAUGCCGGGAGAAGGUGCAGCAGACCCUGGAGAGGAGGAAGCAGCUGCAGCUGAGGAGGAAACUGCAGAAGAAGAUGGAGCGGCGGAACAAGCGGAAGGCGACGGAGGAGCAGUGACAUCCCCGGGCCUGGCCUGGGCUGCCCUGAUCAUGCUGCUGCUUUGGGGAUAUUGGGGUCUGGCGCCUUUUGAUGUGGACACUUCUGACUGAAAUCAGUGCUGGGGAGAAUCCCCAAAUCCCAGAAUGGGUUGGCUUGGAAAGACCUUAAAGAUCAACACGUCCCCCUCCCCUGCCACGGGCAGGG